AUGGCUGGGAGCUCUGGAGCGUGUGCAUGGAGAGUGCUCCCGGCUGCUUGCAAUGCAAAACAUACCAAAACUGUGAUCGUACCGUCCCAAUCAGGGACUUUGAAACUUCAGCCAGCCCAAGAAGGGAAGCCCGCAGAGGAGCAUUAUCGCUACGCCCAUCUCCUGCCCCACUUUUCUCAGGAUCGAUACCCGCCGCUUACACCUUAUGAGCAUGUCGAUCCUGGCUUCCGGGCCCUGAAGCACCCCAACCCCCGGGCGUUCCUUGACAAUGCGACAAGUGUUGUCGAAUUGACGCCAAACCUUGGCACAGAGGUUCAUGGCCUCAACCUAGCCGAGUUCAACAACGACCAGCGUGACGAGUUGGCCCUUGAGGUUGCGCGCCGAGGAUUGAUGGUCUUCCGGGACCAACAGGACUUCAUUGAUCGAGGACCAGAGUUCUAUCGCGAGUGGGGAAGCUACUUUGGCCGCCUACAUAUCCAUCCGACAUCAGGGCACCCUCAGAACUACCCUGAGAUUCACCUCGUCUAUCGGGACGCCAAUACGAGCUUCAAUUUCGAGAUCAACGACAGUAUCACUUCGACUGUCUGGCACUCGGACGUCUCGUAUGAAUUGCAGCCACCGGGCCUCACCACUUUCUUCCUUCUGGCGCAGCCGACUACUGGUGGAGACACCCUCUUCACUUCGCAGGUAUCGACGCUCAAGAAACUCUCCCCACAAUUCGUUGCGUUUUUGCGAACCUUGAAAGCAGUUCAUUCUGGCGUGGAGCAAGCCGACUUCUCUCGUUCUGGGAAACGGGGAGGGGUUGUACGCAGGGACCCGGUAGAAAAUAUCCACCCCGUCGUUCGAAGACACCCCGUCACAGGAGAGGAAGCACUCUACGUCAACAGGCAAUUUACAAGACGUAUCGUCGGCCUCAAGCGUGAAGAAUCUGAAACGCUCUUGACAUUCCUAUACAGCCACAUCGACAAAGCUGGUGAUUUGCAAGCUCGCGUUAAAUGGACUCCGAAUACAGUUGUACUUUGGGACAACCGAGUCACAGCACAUUCUGCUAUCGUUGAUUAUGGAGAAUCUAAAGAACGCAGGCACGGUGCACGGAUUACGCCUCAAGGUGAAAGGCCUAUCCCGGCCUUGGAUGGUCUUGACCUCAGCAAUUAA